AUGCAGGAAAUGGUGAUGAGCCUGCUGAAGGAAUGCCCUCGUGAUCCGGAAAAGUUCAUGCUGAGGUGGCUCCUGGAGCAGGAGACUUUCGACCGCUGUGGCAUCAACUCAAUGGAGGAUGCAGCAAGGGAGCAGGAAGAGAUCAAUGCUUUGCGGCAACAGGUUGCAGAGCUGAAGCGACAACGGGCUCAGAUGAAGGCACGUUUGGCCCACGUUGUCGCUGAGGAGCGCAAGAAGCGCGGAUUGCCGACGCCUCCAACGUUGGACACAAAAACAGUGAAGAAAAUCAAGAAUUGCAUACUCCGAGCUGCGUAUGCUGGGUGGAGUGGCGUGGACCUUGCCCUCCUUUUCCGGCGGUUAGACAAGGACAGGAGCGGCGAACUGGAGAUCGAUGAGGUGAAAGCGGCCCUUCGACGCGUGCUGCGGAUCCCCCCCAGCGUGGUCCCAGAUUAUCAGAUCCAGUCCUUUUGCGCCAUCAUGGACACGGACUUCUCUGGAGCUGUGGACAUAGAGGAGCUCGUGGGUUUCAUCCAGGGAGAGGGCUACGACACAUAG